GAAACCGGAAAAGAGAAAGGGAGGGUUUCCAAGGGAGCCGACAAAUGUCAACUGAUACAUUCACGUGUGUGGCUUUCCUUUGCCUUUUUUUUCUACUAUUUGUAUAAGUUCAUCCACAUACCCUGACGGCUCUGGCACUUUUGUUGGGAUGGUUAUUUUAUGCUGCAGUCCGCACCAACUAUGAAGACACUGAAACAAGCGUCAAACUGGGCAUUUCGGCUGCUAUGGGCUGUUUCGUCUUUAUUGGCAUGCUCCAGUUCCGGGAUGGUCCCUUUAUUCGACCCAGUGUGCCGUUCUGGCGUGCCGUAUUAAGUCUAAGUGUCCUGUACCAAAUGGUCCUUGUCUUUUUACUGUUCCUGAACAAGGAUGAAGCCCGUCGAUUCAUGGUUUAUUUUGAUACCGGGUUGGGUGAACAAUUGCCAGAACGAUCGUAUGCAGAUCAGUGUGAUUUGAGUAUGGAAACAUUCAAGAACCAAGUGGAUAUUUUCGUAUUAGCCCACGUUGUUGGUUGGUACGGAAAGGCUAUUAUCUUGCGCGACUAUUGGCUGUGCUGGAUCUUGUCUGUCACAUUUGAAUUGUGUGAAUAUUCAUUAGAACACCAACUCAACAACUUUGCCGAAUGUUGGUGGGAUCAUUGGAUCUUGGAUGUACUCGUAUGUAACUGGGGUGGUAUCUACCUUGGAGUCAAGACCUGCCAGUACUUUGAGAUGAAGCAAUACACGUGGGUUGGUUUCCGUCAAAUCAAAUCAUUACGAGGCAAAGCAAAACGCGCAGUCCAGCAAUUCACGCCUCACGAUUGGACACGGUUUGAAUGGAAAGCUACCAGUAGCCCUAAAAACUACUUUGGUGUUGUUGGCCUAAUGAUCGUUGCAUUACAAUGCGAGCUCAACUGCUUUUAUCUGAAAUAUUUAUUGUGGGUUCCCCCAGAGCAUCCAAUUAAUACCUACCGCCUCAUACUCAUGUUCUUGUUCUCGUUGCCCGCAGCACGAGACGUUUAUCAAUAUCUAAUGGCUAGUGGUGACACCAAGCUGGGUGCACAUGCUUGGCUAAUGAUAUGCAACAUCAUGACUGAGACCAUCAUUUGCUUGAAGUUCUCGGAAAACGAGUUCCCUGUUCCAGCACCUAUGGUCGUCAAAGUCGCAUGGUCUGCAGUAGCCUUCAUUGUUCUCUUUGCAUUCCCAUUAUGGCGAUUCAUUAUUUAUCAACCUCCACCACCUAUCCAGCUGUCCUAUGAUGAUAAAGACGAAUAAGCAUCUUAAUUUCUACUAGCUAAUGCAACUAUACUUCACAUAACCAUAGCUAUAUGUUUACAUACUUGUCAUUUAACUCCUUUCUCUCUAUAUGUAUCCAGUAUCCAUCCCUCCCUCUUCGAUAAUCAUAGAUCUUAUUCUACAUCCCAUCUAGCAGACCUCUUUAUCCCCCGUUUCUUUUUAUCAUUAUCAUCAUAUUUAUCUGUCUUCUCCAUCCGAAGGCAUUCCCCCAACUGCACACGUGCACCCCAUCUUCCUCCUGAC